AUGGCGCGCAUCGAUGAGUGGAAACCGGUGAUCGCAAUGCUAGUCUUUGAUCUGAUCUCUGCUGUGACAACAGCCUUGAUCAAGAAAGCGCUCGAGGAGGGUCUCGACCGGCUAGUACUCAUCACACUGCGGCAACUGGUGGCCACAGUCUUCCUUGCUCCGAUUGCAUAUUUCAAAGAACGGAGCACAAGGCCUAAGCUCACACUGGAGAUCCUCGUGUACCUCUUCUUCAGUGCAGCGUUUGGCGCCGCGCUAUCUCAAUACACCUUCUUCUACGGUCUGCAGUACACGACCGCAACAUUUGCCAUAACUUUCACCAACAUGACUCCUGUGCUCACUUUCCUCAUUGCGGUCUUGCUAAGGUGCUCCAGUAUUCUAAUCUGCUCCUUUCCUUCACCUGGUUUUCCUGUGUUGUCUGAAACCCUGGAAUACCAUUACUCCUUCAUUCAGGAUUGA